UAGUGCCCCGCCACCAGAUCCAGCUUCUCCCACCGGACCCUGUCUCACGACCCGUAAUCUACUCGACUACCCUACCUGGACGGUUCAGCCCUGCUUGACCUGGCCCUCUGACAUGUCCACGUCGUCGCCCUCGCGCCUCAGCGGGUGCUGUGAGCGCUGUCGCUCAGCCAAGUACACCUUGCUCGCGCUCUCACUCGUAUGGGCAACACCAGUAAGCGCGGCGCCCGCAGUCGCCCAGGAAUUAGUCGGGAGGGAUGGUUCAGAUGGCAUGGCCGAUGCUGGGCCUGCUGCAGUAGCAGUAUGGAUCCCGAUCGUUGGCGUCGGUCUUUUCAUCUUCGCGAGCGCUGUGGCAUACCGCAUGCGGAAACGAUCGGUCACGCCGACGCGCACGACCUCGGCGACGAGCCAGGCGUCAUCCCGCCAGUCUCUGCUGAGCCGGAUGCGCGCAUGGAGCUCGAGGCCGGUCACCGUCCCUGGGAUGCAGGCUCGCGAGCUCACGGCCGAGCAGCUCGCUGGUACCACAGGGCGCAGUAAUCGACGGCGGCGGCCCAACAGCACCGCGUCUACGCGCUCGACGAGGAGCUUGCCGCUGUACAUGAAGGAGCCUGGGGAGCAGGAGGUCGUCGUCUUCAGGGGAAGGGAGGACCUCACCACGGGAAGUGCUAACGCGCUGCUCUCGCCCGUGCAAGAAGGCGCGACGCCCGACACGCGCCGUGACAGCAUGUCGAGCCUUGCGGAGCCUGACACACCACUGCUCGACAACGCAAUCCCGCUUACGCGUGCACGGACGGAGGAUUCGCCUCUGCCGUCGUCGAUCCCGAUGCGCACCGUCAACGUCCGGCCAAGUAUGGAUACGGUGGGCGGCAUCAGCGAGGAGUCCGCCGGCAGUGAGGACCAGCACGAUCACGAGCGGGAACGCGGUCCUGCGCCCCCGUAUCGCGAGUCCAUCAGCGUUGAUCAAGACUCGGGAAUUGCGUUCGACGAUUCCACGGACGCCGGUCACGGCGAGAGCGCGCCUGCUGUCAGCGCGGACACCUCAGCAGACGCAGACCGCUCCUCUGCACAGCGUGGGAGCGGGGGUACGCUCCGUCGGCCGCAUCUCUUCGGGCGCGGCGAGUCUUCGUCGGGCACCGCUUCUGCCCUGUCCGUCCCGCGCCUGCUCUCGCUCUUCAAUCCGGGUCGCCAGAACACCGGUGGCGAGGGCGGCGUCGAAGGCCUGCCUCGAUCAUCGGAUCCCGUUCUCGCGCCCGUUCCCCCGACGCCACCGUCGCCCACCACGCCCCGACGUCGCCCGCGCGGCGCCACCGUCGCCACGCCGCCUGGGUCACCGCGCCCCGGUUCUGCAGGUUCGCCGUAUCGCACGCACCGACCGUCUCACUCAGGCUCGACAUCUGGCCUGUCCGCCGUGUUCCGCACACGUUCGAACACGUCUGGGACCGCGCUCGGUACAGCGCUCACGUCGCCCUCGACACUGUCUGUGCACUCGAUCUCGGCGCCGCUCACGCACACUGUCAUCCGGACGGAGCUGACGUAUCCACGGACUGGUCCGACGCCUGACCAGAUGAAGCUGUUGGCGAGCUUCAAGCGGUUCGGCAUGCCGUAUGGCCCGGGCCACGAGGCGGGCUGGCGCGAGUGCGGGCCAGGGAGGGGGCCAACAAGACCGGACAGAUUUCGUGAGACAGGGAGUGUUGUAGUAUGUAGAGGAAACUGGAGGCUCCUCCUGUGUGGUGGAAACUGGAGGCCCCUCCUGUGUAGAGGACACUGGAGGCUCCUGUGUGCAGGACGGGCGACGCGCACACGGGCGCCAACGUUCGGGCGCACAUCUCCCGCGCGCAAGUGUGUGUACUGCUACGACGCUGCUACGCUGUCUACGCCCCGCCCUCCGCUCUCCCUCGCAGACGCAGUGCUCAACGAAACUGAUUACGAACACGUCCCGUGCGUGCCGCCCUCGACGUGCACAACUCCCAACGCAGAGUCCGAUCCGUGGCUUCCACCUCGGCGGCGCGAGUAUAAGACGUAGUGGCUGAGCAAACACCGUCUGCGUGGCUGUCCGCCUCGAAUGCGCUGCGUGCGUGCAACACCCACAUUCGCCGCGUCGGACACCGGCGUGCUGGCACGACCUGUCAACACGACCAGGUACAUCUCGAGUUGACCAGGAUAAGAGCACGCGCUUCCCUCGCGAAGCUCUAGUGGGCCCGCGAAUGCUAUCGCACGUCGAGCUCCUCUCGCCAAACCGGCGCAAGACUCUGUAGGCGCAGUGAAGCUGUUCAACGCGGCGC